UAUUUUUUUUAUUUUUUUUCGUCUUUACAACAUAGCUUUUAGAGAUCUUUACAUUUAUACAUUUAUACAAAUUUUGACCAAUUACAGACUGUAAAGACUAUAUAUAUCUACAGACACCCCUCAAAUUCCCCCUUAUACUGCUUAAUAGGCAUGUCCCUGGUCAACUAAAAACUCCUUUUGACAUUACUUUGAUCAGAGACAAAUGUCAUUAAGAACAGCAAAGUCAACUAGUGAAAUUUUAAAGCAUUUAACUUCUGGGCCCGGUGCUGCCAAAUUACCCUCAAAUGUUUCCAAAAUUACUUUAACAUUUGCUUUGAAGGGAAAGAAUGAAAGUGCAUCAGCAAGGCACUUUUUACGAGAAAAUCUUCCUCGUAUUCAAUACAACAAUCCACAUGUUAAUUAUGAAGUGAAUAAAACUUUGGAUGCAACUACUACACCUAAAAUUGCUGUUCAUUUUAGCAAUGGACGAUCUAAAGAAAUUGAUAUUGCUAGAAUUCAUUCAGAUCAUAUUGUUGAACGAGUAUUUGCCUCCACUUCAUAAUUUUUUUUUUGUACAAUAAAUAUAAUGUAUAUAAAAGACCAUUAUUUUCUGAAGAAAAUAAUUUAUUCAACUAA